AUGAAGCCCCGCCGACUGUUCAUUGCAACAAAAAGCUUUAUGGGAGAAGCCAAGGCAGGUGGAGAGGUGAAGGUAUCAAAAGGCAGCCUCCUGAGCCAGGAGGACCAUCAUGGAAGUUCUCCAGGUGGAAUGUUCUGGGCCAAAAUCCUGGACACAGAGAAGGUGGUCCGGGUGCCUCCAUGGGCCACCCGGGAGCUGAGCGGGGCCCAUUCAGGCCUCCUGGAAGCGGUGACCAAUGGAGAUGAGCGCUUGGCUCUUCUCCAGCAGGAACGGUUGAUGCGCAGGCUGAGUACCCUCCGGAAAGGGGACCGGGUCAAGGUCCAGAUUACAUCUGCCUCCGGGCGGAGAGUUCGGGGCAUCAUCCGAUACCGGGGACCCAUCGACAAGAGCAAGCAAGAUACGAGUGUCAUCUUUGGGGUGGAGCUGGUGGGUUCAGCAGCUGGGAAAGGCUUUACGGAUGGCUCCUUCAAAGGUCAGAAGUUUUUCUCCUGCCGGGAGAACUGUGGCGUCUUUGUGCCGGUCAGUCGGAUUGAGCCAGAUGACUUGGCAGAGGGCAGUCCACCAGCACCUCCAAGAAGCAACAUCCGGGAAUGUUCUCGGAUUCAACUGACAUCAGGAGAUCCCUUGUCCUCUCCAACUCUAGAGAUUGGAGACCGUGUUUUCUUCAAGAUGGAAGAUACCACCCCUACCGGCACAGUGGUGUACUGUGACCACCUUCCCAACAAAUUGGAAACCGGCAUCUUUGUGGGGAUUCUUCUGGACAAUCCAGUGGGUUCAUGGGAUGGUUGUUUCAAAGACCAUGUUCUCUACCGUAUUUCAUCUCCAGAGUAUGGGAUGCUCCUUCCAAUCUCGAAAGUAUAUAAAGAAAAAGUCGAUAGAAGUCCUGAGACAGUAGCCAACAAUUGCUCCUCAUCCAUCACAGAGGAAUAUGAGGAUUGCUUGUCCCCGUCCUCUAUCCGUUAUCCUCCCAGAAUGGAAGAGAGUUCACUGAAGGAGACCCCAAGGGGAGUUUCUUCUGAUGACCUACAAGGAUACAAGAAGAAAGAAGUGGCAACUGCAGAGCAGAAACAGAAAGAAGAUGAUGAAGAGGAAGAAGAUGAGGAUGCUGAUGAUGCUGAUGAUGCUGCUGCUGCUGGUGAUGAUGAUGAUGAUGAUGAUGAUGAUGAUGAUGAUGAACAGUAUAGUCACCAUCUUCUGGAGAUCAAUUCCAUGGUGGAGGUUAACAAUCCACCCAUUUAUGGGGUGAUCCGCUGGAUUGGCUCGCUGCCUGAUGUGGCUGAGACAAUCGCUGGACUGGAGCUGGAGGAGCCUCUACCUUCAGGUUGUACAGAUGGGCAAUACCAUGGGAUCCGCUAUUUCCACUGCCAGCCAAACAAAGCUCUCUUUGUCAAGCUACGCCAUUGUCGUCCUGAUUCCCGCUUCGGCACUUUGCAAAGUCUGGAGAAUCCCGUUUUGCGAUGCAACUCUCUGGACUUCCGUCUGUAUGCCAGUGCCAAAGUGGAAGAAGACACACCUCCACCUCCGUUGGGCAGCCAGGGCAUGGAACAUCUCUCAGGGUGGAAGAAAGGGAUUCAGGGGCACUGCAAUUCUUGUUACCUGGAUGCCACUCUUUUCUGCAUGUUCACUUUUACCUCUGUGCUGGAUUCAAUGUUGCUACGCCCGGCAGACAAGAACGAUGGGGAAUCAUACACUGAGACACGAGAUCUGCUCAGAACAGAGAUAGUCAACCCUUUGCGCAAGAAUGGCUACGUCUGUGCCACCAAAGUUAUGGCCCUGCGGAAGGUCCUGGAAACAGCUGGGCAUUCCUCAGGCUUCACCAGUGAAGAAAAAGACCCGGAAGAAUUUCUUACCCUUCUAUUUCGGGUACUGAAAAUGGAACCACUCUUUCAGAUCCGCUCAGCUGGCAAAGAUCCCCAUGGCUGUAUCUUUUACCAGAUAUUUGUUGAGGACCACCCACGUCGAGUGGUGCCCACAGUUCAAGAGCUUCUUGAGGGGUCUUUGGUUACUGGGGACCUCAAGUUCACAGAGGCCCCCUCCUGUCUCAUCCUCCAGAUGCCACGAAAUGGAAAGAACUUCAAGGCCUUCCGAACCAUUCAGCCCAGCCUGGAACUUGACCUCACUGACCUCCUAGAAGAAAAUCCUCGGGAGUGUUCAAUUUGCCAAGAGUUGGCUGUGAAUGAGUGUAUGGAUUGCUACGGAGACUCCAGUUUUGGCGUUAGACAGAUCAAACAGUUCUGCAGGAUUUGCAGUCAACAGGUUCAUAAGCACCGGUCUCGUCGUGGCCAUCAGCCUCGCCCUCUGCAUCUGCCAGAGGAACUCUCCCACUCAGGCUCCCUGCCUGAAGUCAUUCCCCGGCAGACAAUGCAGCUCUUUGGGGUCCUCUGUAUUGAAACCAGCCACUAUGUAGCAUUUACCCGCCACGGCCCUGAUGUCCACCAGUGGCUCUUCUUCGACAGUAUGGCUGACCGUGAGGGUGGCUUGAAUGGCUUUAACAUCCCACGCGUCACACCCUGCUCAGAAGUGGCAGCCUACUUGGAAAUGUCCCCAGAGGAGCUCCAGAGCCUGGAUCCCAAAUCCUUGCCCACUUAUGCCCGACGUCUGCUUUGCGAUGCCUAUAUGUGUUUCUACCACAGCCCUUCUCUUGGCCUCUACAAAUAAAUGCCUGAAUGGAAUAAUGUGAAAUUCCUGUGAGGAGAAAUGCAAACUCCAGGGAUAUGGACUCACUAUGGAUAUGGCUGUGGACCUGGGGGCCUUUUAUCUUUUUAGAAUAUGUUGAUGGCCCAGUUUAGUAAACAGUCCAAAAAUAGGAGCUCCAGCUGCAUGGAGGGCAUUUUCUGCUUCUAAAAGAAGGCAUAACUUUGUCAUUCUUGACCUCCUUGCAGUUGGCUGACCCCAGAUUGGACAGACCAUAUUCCUUGGGAUUGAACUGUACAAAAGAACUUAAAUUGGAGGCCUUUUCACAGUGCCUAAUAAAGGCACUAUGAUUCCACUUUAACUGCUGUGGCUGCAUCCUCUGGGACCCUGGGUUUUGUAGUUUGGUGAAGCAUGAGGGCUGCCUGGAUGAGAAUUCCAAAUUCCCUUCCUUAAACUGCAAUUCCCAUGGCAGUCAAGGUGGAAUAUAAUGCUAUAGUGAUUACUGUAUAAAAGGUCCUAUGAGUAUUAUGACCUAUGGGAAGUGCUUCAUCCUGUUCUUUGUGGUUUCACGGGGGGGGGGGGGGUAUUUUUGUAUAUUGAUAAGCUUUUCCCUGUACCAAAUCCCAUCCUAUGGCUUCUUCUGAAUUCUAUACCCUCACAGAUUUCUUGUUGGGUGACUGCUGGUAAAUAUGCCAACCCUACUUAUGGUGGCUGAGUUACACCGUGUAUGUGAAAUGAAGCCUACAUCCUAAACCAGAGCAACUAUGGUAGAACAGGGACUAGUUGUAUACCUACACUCCUUGCCCAAGCAGACAGCUUUAGAUUGAUUAUACGGGCUUAUUUUUAGCCAAUUCUUUUUUAUUUGAGGGAAAUAUAGAGGGCCAUACUACUUCGUUUUAGAGCCUCUUUGUGAGGGCUAGAGUGGAUUUUUGGGUGAUCUUUUGCCUGAUAUGUUUUUUUAAUUGUAGGGGAGAUCCAGAUGCUUUGGUGGUCCCAAGGAGGUCUUAACAAAUUGCUGGGACCCACUCCCAAAUAAAAUUUGUGUUCUAUA